CAGCUUCCACCUGUAGAACUCAGGCUCAUUUUAGCCCCAGCAGGAUGGAGGAUCUAUCUCCCAAACCGACCCAACACGGCCAAUACGUGCAGUGACUAGGCCGCUACCUAGGUAUCCACCCCCUUGGCCCGCUCGAUCCCUUGCGGCUGACCUCACCUUACCUUGCCAACAUGCAAUGACCUCGGGAGCGUCAGCUUACCCACUCAACCCUCGAGCGCUACGACCCAGAAUAUCCUAAUAUAAUACAUUGUGCUUCAUCCCCUUUCAACGGUCCGAAUUCCACUUCGCUGAGAGCCCUCAAGCCGUUGCCUUCAUUGCCAACACUCGACAGGCUUCAGGAAAAACAAGGACCCCGAGUCGCCAGCAUGAGCCAACUACAGCCCUUCAACCCGCCCAUCGGGUGCACCCAGUACGUCAACCCGAACCAGGAGACCAGGCUCAUCCUCAAGGAGAAGGUCAUGUCUAUCACCGGCGAUGCCUUUGACAUCAAGCUCGACCCGCAAAACGGCCAGCCGCCACAGCCCGUCUUCAAGGUCGACCCCAGCUGGAUCACCACCAAGAAGGCCUUCUACGACAUGGCCGGUAACCACCUGUUCGACAUGAAGAAGGAGUGGAUGCAUCUCGUCCACAGGACCUUUAAGAUCGUCGACCCCCAGGGCGUCAAGUUCUUCGAGGUCAAGAGCGGGCUCACGUUCGUCGGCUCCAAGGCAACGGCCACAUUCACCUCCGCUGGCGGCAAGGAGGAGACGCUCGUGAUGAAGGGCAACUGGCGCGACGCGACGGCUGACAUCAUCGACGAGACCCGCGGCGCCGUCGCGGCCCGCAUCGCCCGCAAGUCCGCGUUCAAGAGCUUUACCACGUUCAUGACGGGCCAGAACGAGUACAGCCUCACAGUUGCGCCGGGUGUCGACUUCGCCCUCAUGGCCGCCCUCUGUGUCUGCUUUGACGAGUUCAACAACGACUCCGCCGCGGGCGGGGCCUAGGCGUCUCUGAUAAGAGGAGCGUCCGUUUGAGUAGCGCAAUCGAACUCUACUGGCGCAUGGUUCAUGCGGUCUCUGUUGAGGUGUUGCCUAUGGGCGGCUGUUAAAAUUUUGUGCCAGAAUACCCGUUCCUGUAUAGUGAUGGCGGAAAUUGGAACCAUUCAGCCCAACUUUCAUCGUGGUCCAACUAGAGGCGUGGUUCAAGAUUGCUACUUACCUUAGUAGACCCGAGGUCAAGACGAGUGUGUCUGAUAUCGUGAGACCCAUGCUACCUAGGUACUACAUCCAGCUUCAACGCACAACUAAUUCAAGCCCUCGAUAUGCUAUCA